AUGAGUGAAUUCAAAGUUUUCGGAGAAAAUCACAGGUCAGCAGAACACGCUUUUCAAAUUACCAAAGCGAUUCGUAAUGGCGAUCUUGUGGCUGCCGAAAAAAUUCGCUCAGCGACGACUGCAUUAGACGCAAAGCGCAUCGGAGACUGCAUCUCUAAAAACGAAUCAUGGGAAAAAGAGAAAACCGAGGUCAUGUCUACCAUUAUAGAUGCUAAAGCUUCUCAGAUCAAACCCUUUCAGGAAGCUCUACAAAAAUGUGGUCCAAAAUCUAUCAUAGCGGAAGCCACGUACGACGAUUUCUGGGGGACUGGUAUCAACAUAUCAGCUACUCUAAAAACAAAUCCUGAAGCUUGGCCCGGUAAAAACAUGCUUGGCACUAUAAUCAAAGAUAUAGCAAAAAACUACCGUCGCAAACCAAGAAGCUGGUCUCUCCCAAGGCAACCGACUCGCAAAGCUGCUCGGGCGUCACAGAAGGAAAUCACUGAUUUCGUUAGCCAGCUUAAGGAAGGACCAUCAAAGAGAUCCCGAGAGAAUAUCAACGAUACAAGUGGUCAUGACACGGACACUAGCGAGCAAGGUUAA